AUGGGUGGGCGGCCCUCGAGCCCCUUGGACAAGCGACAGCAGCAGCACCUGAGGGGCCAGGUAGACACCUUGCUGAGGAACUUCCUGCCCUGCUACCGCGGGCAGCUGGCAGCCUCGGUCCUGUGGCAGAUCUCCCGAGAGCUGGGCCCCCAGGAGACAGCCGGAUGCCAGCUGCUGCACAGCAAAAAGCUGCCCCGAGUCCGGGAGCACCGAGGGCCCCUGACCCAGCUGCAGGGCCACCCACCUCAGUGGCAGCCAAUCUUCUGUGUCCUGCGUGGGGACGGCCGCCUGGAAUGGUUCAGUCACAGGGAGGAAUAUGAAAAUGGGGACCGUCCCCUGGGCUCCAUGGUACUGACAGGGUACACAGUCCUGACUUCCCAGAGUGAAUAUCUCCACCUGUUGGACACUCUCUGCCCAGAAUCCUCAGGACACCAUACACAGGAAGAGCCUGACCCCCUCUUGGAAAUGCCUGUUAGUUUCCCCCUGUUCCUGCAGCACCCCUUCCGCCAGCACCUCUGUUUCUCUGCAGCCACAGCGGAGGUGCAGCGUGCCUGGAGGCUAGCCCUGCAGGGCGGCAUCCGGCUUCGAGGCACAGUCCUGCAGCGAAGUCAAGCCCCAGCCGCCCGUGCCUUCCUGGACGCCAUACGGCUCUACCGGCAGCAGCAAGGCCACUUUGGCGACGACGACGUGACCCUAGGCUCGGACGCCGAGGUGCUGACUGCGGUACUGAUGCGGGAGCUGCUGCCUGCGCUGCGAGCCCAGAUCCUGCCCGGCCUGCGGGGGGCCGGCCGCGCUCGGGCCUGGGCCUGGGCCAAGCUACUGGACGCCGUCCACGCUGCAGUCCUGGCCGGGGCCUCCACUGGGCUCCGCGCCUUCCAGCCCGAAAAGGAGGAGCUGCUCGCCGCCCUGGAGAAGACUAUCCGCCCAGACGUAGAUCAGAUGCUGAAGUUGCGGGAGCGCGUGUUAGGGAGGCUGCAGGCCAACGUCCAGGGUCCCCUCGAGUCGUGCCUGCGCAGGAAGGUGGAUGCGCAGCUGCCCCGGGUCACGCAGACGCUGCUGAGCACCGUGGAAGCCGAACUCACGGCAGUGCAGACCCUCCUAACCCAGGGCAUGGACCGCCUGUCCCGCCACCUGCGUGGGAGCCGCUCCAGCACCCAGCUGCGGAAGGAGGUUUACUCAUUUGGGGAGAUGCCAUGGGACCCAGAGCUGAUGCAGACCUGCUACCGAGAGGCGGAGUGGAGCCGGGGGCGCCUGGGUCAGCUGGCAGAACCAUUUGGCUUCUUUGGAACACAGAGCCUGGUGUUUGGGGCCCAGGAUCUCGCACAGCAGCUCAUGGCUGACGCUGUGGCCACCUUCCUGCAGCUGGCCGACCAAUGUCUGACCACGGCUCUGGACUGUGACCAGGCUGCCCAGCAGCUGGAGAAAGUCAGGGGGCGCGUGCUGAAGAAAUUCCAGUCGGACAGUGGCUCAGCGCAGAGGAGGUUCAUCCAUGGCUGGCUGCUCUGCAUCUUCUUGCCCUUCGUGUUGAGCCAGCUGGAGCUGAGCUGCAAAGCGGAGCUGCCUGAGUUCGAAGGGGAUGUCCUUGCUGUGGGCAGCCCUGCUCUGACCAUUGAGGGUAUUUAUGAGGAUGUCAUCCGGGGGGUCCUGCUUCAGAGGAUUGAUCGAGAAUUGAAAAAAGCCCUUGGUGCCAGCAACAUGUCCUGCACUCUGGAUGGCUGCUCAGAGCUUCCACGGGACCAAGCAGAAACAGAUGUGGAAACUGAGGUUCAGAGAGGCACUUGCUCCAGGCAACCAGGCUCCAGCACCGAGGUCUAGCCACUCUGCCCACUGCCUCCUCCAGGGACAUUCCGGAGCUGAAGCUUUGUGCACAUUCAUCGUCAUUCUCAAUGGAUAAAUGUCUACUAGUGGAAUUUCUGAGUCAAAGCAUAUGUACCAGUUCAAGGCUUGUAUAAUCCCCACACCUCCGCCUUACUCCUCUCCAGAAAGGCUAUGCCUUUUAACACUCUCACCAGCAGGAUUUGUACAUAUUCUCUUUUCCAAACACUAGGACUUUUCAUAAAAGGAAAAACUGCCAGUUUGAUAGACACACACACAGAGUGCAUGUUUUAUUUUAAAUUUCUUUGAUGACUACACUGAACCUAAAAUAUGUUUAUUGACCAUUAAUAUGUUUGUGUGUUUCUUAUUUAUUUUUGGCUGUGUCGGGUCUUAGUUGUGCCAUG